AUGUCAGCCCCCAGGUAUCCUGAAAAGGACCCAAUAUCAACGACAGGGAGUGACCAUUCAAUGGGGGGUAGUGAAGAUGCUACUGGAACAAUCUCCAAUAUUACCGCGGGCUCUCAAGCUUUACAUCGCAAGCUUCGAGGUAAAGAGGUGCAGCUUUUUGCCAUCGGUGGCGCCAUUGGCACUUGUAAGUCCCAUCCCCUGUUCUUGCCCAGUGAAAAUAGCAAAGUAAGCAAAGCAAUAUUGAUGAAACUUCUAGCGCUUUACGUGCAAAUGGGCUCAGCACUACCAAAAGGCGGCCCAGCCGGCCUUUUCAUCGCCUUCCUCGUAUGGGGAAUCGUCAUGUGGGCAGUGAAUGAAUGCUUCGCCGAGAUGGUGAGUUAUCUACCCGUGCCAUCUCCGUUCGUCCGCUUUGGUAGCGAGUGGGUAGAUGAUGCCUUGGGUUUUGCGAUGGCGUGGAACUUUUUCCUCAAUGAGGCCUUUCUCGUGCCGUUCGAAAUGGUGGCCAUGAAUAUUAUGAUCACCUUCUGGACGGACAAGGUACCAGUGGAAGCUAUUAUCGUUGCGAUGAUUCUCCUUUACGCGCUCCUCAACAUGAUAAGUGUGCGAUAUUUUGGAAUCGCGGAAUUUUACUUGUCCAUAUUCAAAGUAAUGCUUAUGAUUGGGCUGUUUCUCUUCACAUUUGUCACUAUGCUUGGUGGGAACCCCUUGCAUGACCGCUAUGGAUUUCGAUACUGGGAGAAACCUGGUGCAUUUGUGGAAUAUCUUACAUCUGGGGGAACUGGAAGAUUCCUUGGUGUUUUGACAUGUCUUUACCAAGCAAGCUUCUCGAUCUGUGGUCCUGAGUAUAUAUCCAUUGUCGCGGCUGAAGCUGAGAAUCCUCGGAAAGUUCUGCCGCCAGCCUUCCGAUCAUUUGUCUGGCGCAUGCUUGUCUUUUUUGUUGGUUCCGCUCUAUGCAUGGGAAUUGUCAUUCCAUAUAACGAUCCCACACUCGCUGCUAUCCUCGGAGGAGAUGUGUCUGGUUCAGGCACAGGUGCUGCAUCACCGUAUGUUAUUGCGAUGGAGCGCCUGAAGAUCUCAGGUCUCCCUCACCUGGUUAACGCUCUUAUCAUGACAUCGAUCUUCAGUGCUGGAAAUGGCCUUCUUUUUACAGCAACCCGCACCUUACACGGAAUGUCAAUCAUGGGUCACGCACCUCGCUUCUUCUCGAAAUGCACCAAUGGUGGUGUUCCUAUAUACGCCCUCAUGUUCACAUUAUCCUUCUGUCUUCUUGCAUUUCUGCAGGUCAACAGCACCUCUGCUGAAGUCAUGAACUAUUUGGUUGACCUGGUCACAUGUUGCCAGCUGAUGAACUACGGCUUCACUGCAUUGGUUUAUCGACAUUUCUUCUCUGCUUUAUCAAAACAGGGGAUUUCACGGGAUACUCUCCCUUAUAAAGGACGGUUUCAACCAUAUACAUCCUAUUUAGCUAUGGGUGGCACGUCUUUCAUGCUUUUGGCAGGAGGCUACAGUGUAUUUUUGAAAGGGGGCUGGUCUGUGAUGUGGUUCUUCCUGGAUUAUGGUAUGAUCGGGUUCUUUAUCGUCGCAUUUGUUGGUUGGAAGUUGGCUUUCAAGACCAAGUAUGUUUGGCCUGGAACUGCCGAUUUGAGUCUGGGUGGACUUAAAGAGGAGAUUGACAAUUACGAGGCGAUCCACAGUAUAGAUCAACCGCCGAAAUUGGGAGUUCUAGAUAGGUUGUUUAAUUAA